CAACUCACCACCACCAAUGGCCAACGCGGAUGGUUUUGUAGUCGUUUUUCAGGCAUCUUAAUUUUACGAUAAACGCUAUCGGCAUCCCUUAUGCGAGAACUAGUUGCCUUGCCUACUACUUCUUUGCUAGCAGUUCUUGCUCGAGUCUUAUGCUCCUUCUUUUUCUGCCGAGUGAGCUCCUGCCGCCUCGCUUGCAAUCACAGUGCAGGUACCUACCUGAGGUGGCCGGAUCAAAGGGAAGCACUUACUUUGGUAGAACAUUCGUUGGUACAUUCGAUGUUCAUGGGCUCACUUCCUCCCUACUUUUUUCUUGUCUCUUAGGUGGUAGUUCGAGAUGACCUCAGGAGCUUUGCCCAGAUCUUGAAUGCGUUACUACCAAGCUCGAGCGCUUUUAAAACUCGCACUUAUUAAAAUCAU